AUGAAUUCGGAUAGAUCAGCAGGACCUUCAAGACCCCCUCUUCCCCUUCCUGCAAAUCAGCGUAACGGAGCAGGGGGAAGUGGAAGUAGUAGUUUAUGGAAUGAGAUUCUGGGUGGUAGUAAUGCAGAUAAACAAAAAGGAUUAGGAAGGAAGAAUCUUGUUAUACUAUCUGAAAGACAUCAUGGAAGAUCAUAUCUCCUCUCUCAGCUAAACGCAUCUUCAUCUUUGAAAAAGAAGAAAAGUUAUAAACAAACACAAACACAUUCUAGAAAUGGUAAAAAGGGCUUAGCAUUAGGAUAUGAAGUUAUUGAUAUAUCAGAUGGUGAUGAAGACUCCGUACCUCCCCUAUCAGUAUUUUACCCUCCUUCAUCACAUCCCAGUUUACUGAAAUUAGUGUCCAAGGCGCUACCUCCCAAGUCCUUAUCUGACACGGCAGUGGUGAUAGUCCUAGAUUGGACGAAGCCUUCUUCAAUGAUAAGCGAAUUGCUUACUUGGCUAUCAUGGAUCGAUCAAUGGGCCUCGGAGACUUCAGAAAAUGGUGAAAUAGAGGAACUGAAAGAGAGGUUACAAUCACAUGUCCAACAUUACACUGAGCCUUCAUCGACGCUUACGACGGCGACUGCUGCAUAUGCAGGUGCAGGUGCACUAUUACCUCUAGGUCCAGGGACCUUGACUUUGAACAACUCUGGGUUACCGAUCACGGUCGUUUGUACGAAAGCGGAUCUAAUGGAUACGAUAGGCGAAGAAAUCGGUAUGAAAGGCGGUGGCUGGGAAGAGAGAACAGAUUGGAUACAACAAGUGCUAAGGACUAUAUGUCUUGGUUUUGGCGCUUCAUUGUUCUAUACUGCGUCGACACAACCUACAACAUAUACACUACUUCGAUCAUAUCUCCUCCACAGAUUAUACACUUUACCGCCUUCUCUCUCGGCUUCAACUUCGACAACGUCAAACAUUGAGUCGUCGACACAACAUGUGGCGUCUGCUCGAUUUCCAUUCCCUCAUCGAGCGAAUGUACUGGACAGAGAUGCGGUGAUGGUCCCUUCAGGAUGGGAUAGCCGGGGUAAGAUCAACGUGCUAAGAGAAGGAUUUGAUCCGACAAGAAUAUGCAAGGCAUUCGAAAAUAGUUUGAAGGCAUUCUCAGGAGGUGACGAGGAUGAUCAAGGAGAACUGAUGGAGACUCUGUGGGAGGGAAUGAUUCCUGAUAUUGAGAGGAGAUCAAAGCCCGCAAACUCAUCCCAGCCUUCCAUACCAGAAUCUGAACAGUCCUUCCUCACUCGACAGCUUGACCUUCUCCUGAAAGACCCCAACAGAGAUCCAAGACAGUCAUUCAGACAUGCAGCAGCUACUGUCGUCGGACCAAUGUCAGGCAGUGAAGGCUUGAAUCUACCUGGAGUCGAGAAAGCUUUGGGUGAGAUGGAGGGUCUGGAGAAGGGCGAAGAAUUGAAAGAGAAGUUCGCUAGAUUGGGUAGAAAGGACUCGUCAAGGACUGGACCUUUAUCUCCUACUUCCACGACGCCAGGAGGGACGACACCGGCUAUGCCAAAUGAAGCUCUACAUAAUUUCUUUCAAGGCUUACUGGCUAAUCGGAAAACCGGUACCGGUACACCGAGUGCUACUCCUGCCAAAUCUGAAGGCAAAUAA